AUGUCGCAAGUAAAAAAAACGACCAUUGCCUACAUAAUGGCAGACAUAAACGCUAGCCCUAUCUGCCUAUGUACUCAGAAAUACUUUUCUUUCUUUCUUUCUUUCUUUUUUAACUGUUUCUUUCUUUUUUCUUUCUUUAAUCUUAACUGUUUCUUUCUUUCUUUCUUUCUUUCUUUCUUUCUUUUCUUUUCUUUUUUCUUUAAUGUUUCUUUUCUUUUUUUUCUUUUUAUCUUAUUUCUUUCUUUUCUUUCUUUCUUUCUUUCUUUUUCUUUCUUUCUUUCUUUCUUUUUUAACUGUUUUUUUCUUUUUUCUUUCUUUAAUCUUAACUGUUUCUUUCUUUCUUUCUUUUUCUUUCUUUCUUUCUUUCUUUCUUUCUUUCUUUCCUUUUUAACUGUUUCUUUCUUUUUUCUUUCUUUAAUCUUAACUGUUUCUUUCUUUCUUUCUUUCUUUCUUUCUUUCUUUCUUUCUUAUUUUUUUCUUUUUUUCUUUUUUCUUUUUCUUAACUUUUUCUGUCUUUCUUCCUGUCUUUCUUUCUUUCUUUCUUUCUUUCUUAAUAUGCCCUUUUCUUUCUUUCAUAAUAUACCUAUUUCUUCCAAGAUAUACCUUUUUCUUUCUUUCUUUCUUUCUUUCUUUCUUUCUUUCUUUCUUUCUUUCUUUCUUUCUUUCUUAAUAUGCCCUUUCUUUCUUUCUUUCUUUCUUAAUAUGCCCUUUCUUUCUUUCUUUUUUCUUUCUUUCUACCUUUCUUUCUUUCUUUCUUAA